AUUACAUUUACAGAGAGGGCGUUUCCACGUAUUACAGUAGAGUGCCAAGUUCGCACGCGCAGUCGGCACGCGAGCGCAACACCCUCUGCAGUUCGCAAAGCCAUCGGGAACGACUAGCUCAGUGUACAGCGUGGGCUCUUGGAGCUGGCAGGCGCUGGGAGCCAUGUCUGUGGCUUUGAAACUACGUGGUGGCGCGCUAGGGUUGCUUUUAGGACAGUGGCGUGCCCUCAACUCGUCGGCACACGGCGGCCAGACCGUCAUGGAUGAAAUCCGGGUGGCUCGCGCUGGCAAGGCAUCCUCUGACUACCGCCGUCGGCGCGACCCCGACUCCCCUGCCGCCGGCGCGAGCAACACCCAGCCACCAACGACAGCAGCAAACGAAGCAACUGGGACUGAUGCAGCUACCCUGUCAACACUUGCCGUACAGUCAUACCCCAGCAGCCCUGCGCAAGACCCGGACCUUCUCAUGCACCCCAGCCGUGCCCGGGCCGACCUAAACGCAUAUGCGCGGGGCCCCAAGGCCGCGGCGGCGCAACGGCCGCCUGCACCAUCCGCGCCAGUGGCUGGUACUAUUGCUGCAGAUGCGCAAGCCGCAUCGCACUCGGGGGCGGGGCAUGGACACCCGCCGCCACCGCUGACGUGGCAGGAUGCGGAGCUGGAGGACCUGUCGGGCUGGCAGCCGGUCACGUACGGCGAGUCAGGGAUCGAGGCUAUGGUGGAGCGUCGCAUCCGGGACAGUGUGGCGCGCGGCGAGCUGGAUAACCUGAAGGGCCGCGGGCAGCCGCUGGAGGCGCUGCCUGCCAAGCACGACGCGCAGUUCUACCGGAUCGACCCGCUGCUGGCCGCACUGUCACGCAGCAUGGGCGCACAGGCCAUCAAGCCGCGCUCGCUGGAGCUGCGGGAUGAGCUGGCUGAGGCCCGGCGCGAGUUCGAGCAGGCGGUGGCGGCGGAGGCCCGGCGGCGGCGGCAGCAGCGGGCGCGGCUCGGCAGGCCGGCGGCGGGGCCCUCGCGUGCAGGACCUGGAUCCGUGGCAGCGCCGGUUGCAGGCGGUGACGGCAAUACCCAUGGGAGCACAAGCAGCAGCAGUGGUAAUGGCAGCGGCGACACGAGGCGGGAGGAGGCGCGGUGCAUUGGGGAGGAGCUGGCGGCGGCUGACCUGCCCGGCCUGGCCUACCGCUUCGAGCAGGUGGCCCAGCUGCGGGCGCAGUACAACGGCGUGGUGCUGGCGGACAAGGAGGUGUACGGCGCCGGCUGGCCGCUGGAGCAGCUGCGGCGGCUGGAGUACGGGCAGGAGGUGGCGGCAGCGGCCGAGGCCGCCCUAGUGGAGCAAGACGCGCACGCGCAAGAGCGGGGCGUGUGAUUGAGGGACGCGUAAACAUCAGCUGUUUAUGGGCGCAUAGACCUGGCCUCAGUAACAUGGGGACAGUGCUGUUGAAGCUAUGGCUGCGUGUGCCGGGCAUGUGGUCUAGCCGUUCAGGUAGUCCACAGCUGAUGCCCGCUGAGUGGGGCCUGAUGAUGCCGCCCCGGCCCCAUCCGACGCUGUGUUUGAUGCAGACUCCGUGUGAG